ACCUCAUUCCAUGCCUUACCGGGAACGGGGGAUGAACCAGUAAACUCACCCGCCCGUGACUUUAGCCAAACCCACCGGAGAUUUAUGGCAAUGGAAAUGGAAAUAGCGUGCUUGCCUAUGCCUGGGUAUCACUUUCAAUUUCAAUUCCAAUGUCCGUGAGUGAAGGCAAUGGCGGUGAGGUUAGAACGCAACCGAAGUUUGGGGAAGCAGGAGGAGAAGCAGCAGAUGGGAUGCGUAGCUGCUUUGUUUCAGCUAUUCGAUCGCCGCCAGAUUCUGACCGGAAAACGCAUCGGUUGGGCGAAGCGCGACCAAUCUUCGCCGAUCGCGGAUACGACGACGUCGUCGGAGUCGGAGAGGUCGGCGGCUUCGUCGGCUUCGCCUCCGGCGAAGCCGAGGAGAAUCGGGGAGGAGAAGGCGCCGUACUGCUUGUUAGCGCCGCCGAAUCCAGUACGGUCGAAACAGAAACCUCCUACGACUGAGGAGCUCCGAUCGACAGUGGUGGCGGUGGCGGAGUCGCCGUCCAAGUCACCGAUUCGUCCUCUUCCGGUAUUUGAAUUGAGAGACGGUGGCGGUUCGUCGUGGAGGUUUUGGAAGGAAGCACCGAGGCUUUCGUUGGACAGUAGAGCAACUACAGAUGCCAAAGGAGGUCUCCAUCCGAAACAAAUCCGCACCGGCGCUUCCAUUCUCUCGGCCGCCGACGGUCGAGACGGUGUUACGAGCGAUGUUGCGUCCGACGAAAGCCAGCACCACCGCUCUCCGAGUGUCGUCGUCAGGCUCAUGGGGCUGGAGCCAUUUCCAGAUUCAAACAUCGUCUCAGAACCUCAAUCUACGCCGGAGCUUCGAAGAUCAGCCUCCGAAUCUCGACUCUCUCGAGAGAUUUCUGCCUCUAGACUAAUCGCAGACAGAAGCAAUCCUUCCAACAAGCAGCCAACAAAAACUCAAUCCACCGCUGUGAAAGCCAACCAGCCAAUGGAGGCGCGUUAUUCAGAUCCGAGGAGCUAUUCUCCGAACAAUACAGCCGCCGCUGAAUCGCGCAAACCUUUCAGGAGAGGCAGCUUCGAUUCGGAAGACUUCUUCUCGGAGCCAAAACAAAAGGCAUCACUCUACGAAGAGGUUGAGAACAGACUGAGAAUGAGAGGAGUUAGCGAGGACGCCGAAGAUUUGGAGACAUUGAAACAAAUCCUCGAAGCCUUGCACCUAAAAGGACUCCUCCGUUCCAGAAAACCGCCGGAGCAAAAUCGAAUCAAACGCCGGAGCAUUAUCCCCGACGCAUCAACAACCGUCGUAACCACGCCGUCGAGAUUGCCAGCAUCGUCUCCAAUCAAUCGAAGGACGAGAAGUGAUUCUUCUGCGACGAAUGUUCCAAAUCAACGCCGCGGCCUCCGCCAUAACAGCAUUGCCGGAGAAAAUUCCGCCCCGCCGAGUCCCAAACUUGAACGGAAUAUCCGAAGUCCGACCAGGAGAGCAGGUGAGAGACAAUCGAACUCACCGGUGAAGCCUAAACCAGUGAACGCUGAAAAACAGAGGAGAAUAAACAAACCGGCGGAGGGCCGGAGACCGGAUCCGGUUCAACCACGGAAACUCGGCAGCAGGCCUGAUCCAACGGCCAACCGCAAGCCGCCAAGGAGCAAGAAACCAACGGCUGUGAUUCAGAAAGAUAAGAAGAUCACAGCCGUUGUUUCUGCAGAGGAUGAAUCAUCAACAUCUUCCAUUUCAGGGAGCAGCAUCACUACAUCCGCAGAUGCUGCUGAGAGGUCAAAAGCAGGUGAACACAAAGAGGACAAGAAAUUGUUGGAGGGAAGUGAUAAGCUGAUCCACAACAUAGUCGAAACGGCAAGCGAUACGCAGCCGAGCCCCGUCUCGGUUCUCGACUCAUCAUUUUACAGGGAUGAGCUGGUGAUCCCUUCACCUGUUACAAUGAAACACAAUGCCACUGACUUCAAAGACCACUCCGAUGAAUUAGAAGAAAGAUUAUGGAGUCCUACGGUUUCUUCCAUUAUGUCUAAACACGAGGAAGAUUGUAAUAAUCUUAAUUACAUCUCGGAUGUCGUCAUCCGGACAACACAUUGUUUCCGGGAGGUAUCAGAUAACUUUCUGCUGCUAGAGAAGCAGCAGUAUCUAAAGGGAAAGGACAUGUCGAAGCUCUCGACAAUGCAGAGGAAAGUUAUCUUCGACGUAGUCAAUGAAAUCCUCGACAGGAAUGAGGGAUUGCCCCCAUGGAGUGUGAUGAAUCAACGCAUCACGAAACCAUCCGUUGACGAGGUCUGGUUGGAGUUUCAAAGAAUUCAAGUGCAGAAUAUAGGUGAGGAUAUGUUUGACACCAUCUGUGGUGUCUUGAAGAAAGACCUCGCCGGGGAUGGCGUAACUGGUUGGAGUUUUAACCAGGUGGAGAUGUCGGAGAUGGUUUUGGACAUCGAACGGCUGAUAUUCAAGGAUCUAAUCGGUGAAUCAAUUAGAGAUAUGGUGGCUUUGGAAUCAAGAAACAUUCUAUCAUCCAUCAAGCCUAGGAGGAAACUGGCUUUCUUAUGAUCCUAAUUGUUAUUGUUAGCCAAACAGGGGAUUUUGCAUAGUGAAGUUCUAAGACUUAGAUAAAUGUUAGACUGUGAUGACAUAAGUUUUUACUAAGCUGUAAAAUAAGUUCUCACACCAACGAAAGCUGCAU